AUGUCUUACCAACAGCAGCAGUGCAAGCAGCCUUGCCAGCCUCCACCUGUGUGCCCACCCAAGAAGUGCCCUGAGCCUUGUCCUCCUCCAAAGUGCCCAGAGCCUUGUCCUCCUCCAAAGUGCCCAGAGCCUUGUCCUGAGCCAUGUCCCCCUCCCUCAUACCAGCAGAAAUGCCCUCCUGUGCAAACUCCUCCACCCUGCCAGCAGAAGUGCCCACCCAAGAGCAAGUGA